GGCCAAGCUUCUGGCUUCUCGACCUCGAGUUGCAUGCAUGCUGUAUUAUAUAUGGGUAAACCUGUGUGACCUCGAGGCACACAGCAAACUUUAAGGUGGCAGAUGCUUCCGACAGAUGCGGUUUGUCAAACGACUGAGGACAGGUUGGAUUCGUGGGAGCUGAAUUGGUGCACGUUUGAGUCGGUUGGUUAUAACCCACACCGGUCGUUUCGUCCAUACUAUCACAAAGCCUGUGGUACCACGUAUUGCCAUUCAUGCCUCCAAUUAUCAUAAUGUCCGACUGGUCAAAGUUAGCAGGCAGUGUUUUCUCCCAAGCGUCUUAUGCUCUGACAGAGGCCAAACAACGCGCCAAUGAGGCUGCGUCCCAGAAAGACAUAGACUGGUCCAAAGUAUGGGCCGACAUUCUCAAUGCUCUGGGACAGGCCGGACGUCUGUUGGUCGAAUUGUGGGGCACUAUUCUAUCCAGUAUUUUGUUCGCUUUGACAGAAGCCAAUGACUGGUCGAUCAUACACCCAUACGCGGCGGCCGGAGCCCUGAUAUUCAUCUCUGCAAUCGCAAAUAUUGGAGUCUUCUUGACAUUAUUGCAGCUAACGGGAACAAUUGCGGUGUUCUUGUGUCUUCUCCCGGUACAGCUCAUUGUCUGGUGUUUUGGCUUCAGGAGUCAAGGAGUAGCGCAAGGUUCAUUUGCAUCCCAAUAUCAGUCCAACUACUACGGUGGUACUGUGCCACGAGGCUCUGGAUUUGCGCAUCUUCAAUCAGUUGGGGCCACCAUGUGGAUAGUCCCAUCGACGCUUAUUUCCUUGUUGUCGUAUGUUGGAGUUGCCAUUGUCUUGGGCCGGGAGUGGGGGUGGUGGCUCCAAUGAGCCGACUGGUAUCGUAUUGUAUCAAAUGAGACCAUCUUGUUGAGGUAUGCCUGUAAUUAUUCUCAAAAGAAUGACGAAUUUUGGGUUAAUUUUAUGGGAACUUG